CUUAUCAACCACAAGAAAACCUCUCUGUACUAACGCUUUGUUGCGUCCGUUGAGCGAUCCCCCAUUUUGUCGUCACAUCGGCAGCGGGCCAUCUCUUACAUAAUUUUUUACCUCUUAUAUACAUCUGAACUUUUGGACGUAAGCAAAUAUACGCAGCUUUUCAAAUCGAACAGAACACUGAUCGGAAUCCCAUAGCCGGCGGCACCUUCGAUGGGCGGCGAGAAGGAGGAGACGAGCAGCAAACCGGCGUUCGACGUUGGAGCGGCGUCGGAGCUCGUGGGGAAGCUGAGGGGGGCGUUCGCUUCCGGCAAGACGAGGAGCUACCAAUGGAGGGAGAGCCAACUGAAGGGACUGCUGAAGAUGACCGAGGAGCACGAGCAGGAGAUCGCCGACGCUCUCCACUCUGACCUCGCGAAGCCGGAGCUCGAGUCCUACAUCUACGAGGCAGCUAUGCUAAAGAAUUCAUGCAGACUAGCACUUAAGGAGUUAAAACGCUGGAUGGUGCCGGAGAAGGCAAAAACCUCAUUAACAACUUUUCCUUCAUCUGCUGAAAUAGUGCCAGAACCUCUGGGAGUUGUACUGAUAAUCUCAGCAUGGAAUUAUCCUUACUUAUUAUCGCUCGAUCCAGUAGUUGGGGCAAUUGCUGCUGGGAAUGCUUUGGUUUUGAAACCUUCAGAGAUAGCACCUGCUACUUCCUCGCUACUAGCUAAACUAAUGGGGGAAUAUUUGGAUACCUCUUGCAUUAGAGUUGUCGAAGGAGCUGUUCCUGAAACAACAGCGCUUUUAGAGCAGAAGUGGGACAAAAUAUUCUAUACAGGAAAUGGAAAAAUAGGCCGAAUCAUCAUGGCCGCUGCUGCUAAGCACCUCACACCAGUUGCUUUAGAGCUUGGAGGAAAAUCUCCAGUAGUGGUUGAUUCUGGCAUUGAUCUAAAAGUUAGCUGUAGGAGGAUAAUUGCAGGCAAAUGGGGAUGUAAUAAUGGGCAAGCAUGCAUUUCUCCAGAUUAUGUAAUAACCACCAGAGAGCACGCUCCUAAAGUGGUGGAUGCUCUUAAGCAGGAGCUCGAGAAGUUUUAUGGGAAGAAUCCGUUGGAAUCAAAGGACUUGUCACGAAUUGUCAACUCCAAUCACUUUUUUCGGUUAUCAAAACUCUUAGAUGAUGAUAAGGUAUCCGGUAAAGUUGUCCAUGGAGGUGAAAAAGACCAAAGCAAACUGAGAAUUGCACCGACUCUCUUGCUUGAUGUCCCGCGAGAUGCUCUGAUAAUGCAGGAAGAGAUAUUUGGUCCUUUGCUUCCCAUUCUUACAGUAGACAAAAUUGAGGACAGCUUUGAUGUCAUAAAUUCGGGAAUGAAACCGCUUGCUGCUUAUCUGUUCACUAAUAACAAGAAGCUCAGGGAGGAGUUUGUCAUGUCCGUCUCGGCUGGGGGUUUGGUUGUCAACGACACCACAGUACACCUUGCAAUUCUCAGUUUACCAUUCGGAGGAGUAGGAGAGAGUGGGAUUGGGGCAUACCAUGGGAAGUUCUCGUUUGAUGCCUUCAGCCACAAGAAAGCAGUCGUUUACCGAGGUUUCAUGGGAGAUGCAGCUAUAAGGUACCCUCCUUACACGAAGAUGAAGCUGCGACUGCUGAAGGCUCUGAUCACAGGCAACUUUUUUGCCAUAAUCCGCGCUAUUUUCGGGUUGUCAAAAGAUUGAUGUUGGGUCGUUCCUUAAAAAAUUUGGCGGUAUCCAUGGUCGAUGUAUAUUAGAAGAAACUAUGGGCAUACGUUUUUUUUUUUUGGUGAACAACUAUGGUCAUACUUUUUUUUUUUAAUUCGUCAUAGCUGAACCGUUUGGUUACCCAAAGAAAGAAGGAAGAGGAAAAACUGCAAUCCAAUCUCUCAUACGACCUUUUUUGUUUUUAAUAUGAAGAAUGUGAUAUCUGAAAA